GCCGAGCCGGGCCGAGCCGGGCCGGGCGGGCGGCGGCGGGGCCCGCAGCCUGCGGCCGCCGCUACCAACAUGCCCUUUGACUUCAGGAGGUUUGACAUCUACAGGAAGGUACCAAAAGACCUUACACAGCCAACCUACACAGGGGCUAUUAUCUCUGUCUGCUGCUGUCUUUUCAUACUGUUUCUCUUCCUGUCUGAGCUCACCGGAUUCAUUGCCACUGAAAUGAAGAAGUGGAGUAAGGACAAGAUGUUACAAGCUGCCGGGUGUCUGAAGAGUGAUAAUAGAGUUAAUGAGCUCUAUGUGGAUGACCCAGACAAAGACAGUGGAGGGAAAAUAGAAGUGAAUCUGAACAUCAGUUUACCAAACCUGCAUUGUGAAUUAGUUGGACUAGACAUCCAGGAUGAAAUGGGAAGGCAUGAAGUGGGUCAUAUUGACAACUCGAUGAAAAUACCUCUCAACAAUGGGGAUGGCUGCAGGUUUGAGGGCCAUUUCAGCAUCAACAAGGUCCCUGGUAACUUUCAUGUGUCAACACACAGUGCCACUGCGCAGCCUCAGAAUCCUGACAUGACUCACAUCAUCCACAAGCUCUCCUUUGGGGACAAGUUGCAGGUCCAGAACAUUCAUGGAGCAUUCAAUGCCUUGGAGGGAGCAGACAAACUCAGCUCAAAUCCUCUUGCAUCUCAUGAUUACAUAUUGAAGAUAGUCCCUACAGUGUAUGAAGACAAGAGUGGCAAGCAGCGAUACUCGUACCAAUAUACUGUAGCAAACAAGGAGUAUGUAGCCUACAGUCACACUGGCCGCAUUAUCCCAGCCAUCUGGUUCCGUUAUGAUUUGAGCCCCAUCACAGUGAAAUACACAGAGAGACGACAACCGUUGUACAGGUUUAUCACAUCGAUAUGUGCCAUCAUUGGAGGAACAUUUACUGUAGCUGGGAUCCUUGACUCCUGCAUUUUUACGGCGUCAGAAGCCUGGAAGAAGAUCCAGUUGGGAAAAAUGCAGUAGCAGCAAAACUUUACCCUAGUCUCCAAGGACAGGAGCAAAGAUUGAGAAAUCUACCACUACCUGUUUUUUUUUCUUUUCUAUUUGAUUGAAUCAGUAAAUUUUUUGCUAAUCAGGCUGUUCAGUGAAGACCUUUUCAAGAAAUCAGAGACAUCUCCAUGCAUUUCAAAGUUCUGAGAGUCAAAAAUCGAUGGAAUCAAGGCUUGGAUUUCAAUUCUCUCCCACAGAAAGGGAGGUUGAAAUGGCUUACAUGAAAUACACUGUCGGAUCUAAAUAAGGUUAAUGGUCUGUUUUCUGGGAGAUUCCUAUGGCAGUGUUGUACAAACUAGCUAGAAGAUUUUGAAGAGUUAAGUUGUCUUGUGGCACUUUUUGGAAUUCUCUUGGAAUUGCAUAAGUAGACAAUCGACUUUUGUAUAAGGCAAAAUUAUACAGUAGGAAGAAAUUCCAUCCAUGGUGCCAAAAAGGUGAUGUAUCUGUUGGUGAUGAAUGGAAAAUGUUAGUCCCCAUAGCAGACUUGAGAGACAGAGGGCAGAAAUAACAUCAAAAAAUGUGUUGUGCUUUUAUUGAAAGCUCUUUAGUUCACAUACGACCUUUCUAAUGAAGUGAGCAAAUGAGAAGAGGAGGCCUUCCCCCAGCUACCUUUUCCUGGAUAAUGUGUAGUCCAGGUAGAGGAGGGCCUUUCUUUUACUCUGGAUGUAGAAGUGGCUUCAUUUCUUCCCGAAAACUGAAUAUCCAGUCUUGUGUUUACAGGUGGCAUGAAGUAAAAACCAAACUGAGCAACACAGUUUUAUGUGGCCUUUGCUUUGAAGGGGAAUAGUAGUCUUUACAAUGUUAGCUUUUAUUCUUUCUCCUCCUUUUUUAAACAUGGACCACCCAGCAGUCUGGAAUCUUCACUUCCGUUUUUUUUAUUAUUAAUAAUAGUAUUAUUAUUAUUGCUGUUAUUUUGAAAAGGGGUUGUCCAUUCUAUGUGUUCAGAAAAAUGCUGCAGUCUUCGGGGUGGAUGAGCACAGCUUGCUGUCUUGCUUUGUGUGCGUAUAAUGAGUACACCUGUAAAACACAGGAAGUCUGUCUUUUCAGGGUGUAAGGUGCCCACCUUUUCCUUUAAUAUUCAGUCAGGCCUCAUUUCUGAGCCCUAGAUUGGCACUGUUCAUCCACAGGUACACCAGUAGCAGGGCAGGCAUUCCCACAAGCUGGCCCCUGCUAGUGGCUCUUUUUGGUUUUAUUUCCUUUUUUUUUCCUUUCUUUCUUUUUAACUUAAAAUGGUACCUAAACCUCCGUGCUUAUUCAUUCAAACCUUGUUUUCUGAGGUUUCUAGUAAAUGGAGGUAGAAGAAAAAACUACUGCCAGGUAUGGCUGUGGUGGCAGACAGAAGUUCACUGAAACUUAGACCAAGACCUACCAGCACGUUUUCCAUAGCCUCCUGAAUGUUCCCUGAGUAGGAACAGUUUCUGCAUGCUUUGUAAAUGUCUGAACUGAGGAUGCACAAAUUAAGUGUUCCAGGAUGAAUGAAAAUCAUAAAAUAAAAUUCCUUAGCUCUCCUAAUGCUAGAAAUUCUAAGACAGGUGUAAGAUUUCUCUUGGAUAAUGCCUACUGUCCCUAGCCCUGUUCUGGAGGCAAAAGCAUCGAAACAUUAUGUUGUAAUGAAAUGAAUCUUUAAAUAUUCAGUGUUAAUGCUAGAGUCGGAUGCAUUUCAGAAGUAUUCCUCCUACGUGUCUGUUGAAAUUGUCUCAUUGCUUUCAAAGCAGGGAAAGUGGCCAGUUUUACUUACACACUCUAACACAUGCAGACACACACACAAACACACACACACACACACACACGAUAAAAAAAAAAAGGCCAAAAAAAAAAAGGCCUUUGUCCAUUCUCUGCCCUACAGCAACGUCUGACAAAUUACAGCGUUGAAAUUUUUCCCUGUUCUUAUUAUGGACUGAUUGCUAUUACUUUAGGUGUAAACUGGAUUGUGUAACUUCCUGUAUCUGUUAAUGUAUGGAUAGAUUUUAUACAUUUUUCCAUUUACAAAAAUCAACUUGAAAAUGAUGCGCUUGUCUUCAUUUCGGUGUGUGCGUCCGUGGUCCACAAGCAUUACCCGCUAGAUGGCAGCUUCUUGCCGGUGGGAGCCUGGGGUUUUUUCCGUUGCGAUUAGGUCUCUUGCUUGAUGAAGGAUUUCCUCUAAUCCACUUUUACCAACUGAAGCUUAAAGCAAAAAUGUCCUAGUUUUUCCUCUGGAUUUUGUUGAGUCCUUGCUCAGAGCUUGUGAACCUAGUGGAUUAAAAGGAUCUGAUUUUAAUAUCUUAGGAGUGCGUGCUUCUUCUGAGCUGUGCAAGAGAAAUCUUUGACCCCAGUACAGUGGAUUGUACUAGUAGUUUUCUAAGGUUUCUUCCCUAUUACAAUUUCUUCAGCAUCAAAGCUGUUUUGCGAUCCUGCCUGCCUCUUGCCCCCCAGCAUGUUGUUUAUGCCCUUCUCCCUCUCUUCAACCCCUCUCUGAGUUAAACACUGCCCUCCCCUCCAUCAGUGCAGUCUGGGACAGUUCUCUAAACUAAAUCAGUGAAAUUGUUUGGCUUUUUUUGGAAAUAACAGAUGCAUACUUUAGUGUGUUUGCUUUCUCUGCUAGUGUCCACUAAAAUAGCCUAAUAAAUCACAUUUUUUUGCUAGAUGUAGAAACAAAAUGGUACUCAAGUAUGGCAAAAUUCUGCUGAAGAAACAGUCCAUGCAUUAAUUCUCCAACCCAAGCCUAAGCCUUUGAACACUGCCAAACCGAGGGCAACUCCUGGGUCUGCUUGUGGCAUGCUUCUCCUUUGGAUAUGGCUGACUUGGAUCACGUGAAGCCUGAUGCUCCAUAAUUUGUUUGCAGAAGAAUUUGCUCUUAAUCUUUCCAAACAUGAAAGUGAGGUGAUUGCUGUUACAGCAGUCCUACUCCAUGUAUACAUGUAUCAUUAGCUUUCACUUUUUUUUAACAUUUUCUAGAGUCAAAAGCAAAAUGACCUUAGUUAUACCUUUAAACAUCAAUGCAAAUAAAAAUAAUUUCAAGACGUAAUGGAAGGAAAACCAUAGAUCAUAGAUGUUCAUCCAGUUUCCUUUUUCAAAUCAGUAUUUCGACAGAAGUGUUUGUGGGUUAGCAAGCUAGACAAUCCAUAUAGAGUAAAACGUUUAGAACUUAUAUGUGUUCUGGUUUAAAUGAGCCUUUCUAAGACUAUCCUUAAACCCCAUCAUACAAUGGGAAAUGGUGGCAUAGGAUGCUUCAAAAUGUUUGAGUUAGAAUUUUUAGCUCUAGAGAAAGCAGUACAUUGGGAUAUUCUAGCCAGUAUGUGGAUUGCUAAAGGCCUUUUUUGGGGGGGGGAGGGGGGCACAAGAAUUUGGAUACCAGGUAAGGAAAAAAAAAGUUGGAAGACAUGCAUUUGUGAAUAUGUUUCAUUUAUCAAAUACUCGUGUUCAGCUAAAUGCUUCACUGUAAAAAGUAAAUACUGCGGUGUAGAUAGUGCUUAUAGGGUUUGUGAGUAUUUCUCAUUUAACGUUGCUUUUCUUGUGUGUUAUACACAGAGUUGAAAAUGACUGUUAUGAGUAUCUGCUAGAGGAUAGUUGCUUGAAGUUUCAAAUGAAAUACGUCAUCGAGAUAUUUCUCAACAGCCCUUGCAGGAAGGGAGAGAGGGGCAGGGGAGGGGGUAUGUGAACCUGUAGUACGUUAUGCAGUGUUGAAAGCGCAGGUCUUGCGUUUUCACGGUGGAGUUCACUAAGGAGUUCUCGCAUCUCCGUACCACUGCUUUAAUUUGCAAGCUUAUGUUAAUAUGUUAGUCAUUUUAGAUCUAGAAUUAAAAAUAAAAUUCUCUUGUGUUUUGAUUAGCGUCUUGUUGCGCUACCAUUGCAAAAUCAGUCUAACAGGAUUUAUUAUUAUUAUUGUUUCAAUGACCUAGGCGUUAUCAUACAAUGAAAUCACUGUAAGCCAGGUCACUCUGUAGAAAUUUAACACGAGGCUCUUUGUUAAUCAGUAUUGAGUCAUGUCUGGAUGUUCAGUGCUUGGUUUUGUACAGUACCAAGUGUCCUAACCUCCCUCCCUCCCUCUCUCUCUCUCUCUCUCUCUUUUUUUUUUUUUUUUUUUAGAGGUGAGUGGAUUGUGCUUGGAACUUGCUGUUUUUUUUACUUUAUUUGCUGUACAGUGUAGUAUAUAGAAUGGUCCCUUUUUUGUCGCCUUCUCUGUUGUUUCCUUUUAGCCUUGCUUCAUUAAGUAUUUCUAAAUAAGCCUCUGAGGCAAUUAAUGAAGAUUAAAUGGUUUUUAAAAAGUGAA